UUAUCGAAAAUUUUAUUUGAAAAAAAAACAACAACAAUGUUUUCAAACAAUAAAUUGUUCAUCUUUAUUUGUUCGUCAUUAUUAUUAUUAUUGUUGAUCAUUAAUGAAAAUCAUUCGGUCAAUGCAGCCACCCGACAAAUCAAUUCAGAAGGUUUAAAUCUUAUUAAAAGUUUUGAAGGAUGGCGUCCAAAUUUUUAUUAUGAUGUGGUUGGUGUCAAAACAAUCGGCUAUGGACAUGCAUGUAUACCGGCAUCAAGUUGUAAUAAUAUUCAUCCACCAUUGACUGUUGCACAAGGUGAAAAAUUAUUACGACAAGAUUUAACCAGAUUUGAAACCUGUGUCGAACGUAUUGUACCGAAAAUGGAUGCAGAUAAAUUUGCAGCAUUAGUUUCAUUUGCAUAUAAUCUUGGUUGUGGUUCAUUGGAACAAUCUUCAUUAGCUAAAUAUGCACGUGCACAUAAUUAUCAUGCAGCUGCAAAUGAAUUUCCAAAAUGGUGUCAUGCCGGUGGUAAAGUUGUACAAGGUUUAGUAAGACGUCGUGCAGCUGAACGUAAAUUAUUCUGUAAAUCUGGUGGAUGUUAAAUUAUUUUCCAAUUGAUGAAUUGGAUUUAUUUGGAAGAAAACAUUUUUUUUCCAAAAAUAAAAACUAAUUUUGAAGUAAAAUAAAUAAAAAUAUUAUGGGGUUUUUUUCAGAAAAA